UCUAGUAGGCGUCGGGAUUGUUGGCAUUGCUCGGCGACGACUAGCCGCCAUGGCGGAGGAUCACUCCGACAUUGCUUCCGCCUCUACGAGGAACACUUGCUUGAGGCUGGAGCUCCCCGUGGAGGACCCCAAGAGCAAGGAUGCCGUCUUCGUCAAGGCCGCCUGGUUCCCCUCCUGCUUCGAACUCGCUAUCUCCGACGGCCUCAACGCCUGGGCCUGCCAUGCGACGGAGGCAGAGGUGAGGCUUAGGGCGGAACAGUGGGACCUUUCGGUGACCGAGUACAUCUCCCUUUCCGAGCAGUAUCUUGGAUUCCAGCAGCCGGGAUCCAAGUAUGGAUUUGAAGACGCCGGAAACGGGCAGCGUAGGUUGUCAUGGACUUUUGAGAAGCAAGGCACUAAAUUGGAGUGGCGAUGGAAGUGCAAACCAUCAUCUGACAACAAGAAAAUGACAUCAGGAAUUCUGGAUUUCCUUAUGGAUGCAAACAUACGCUUGAGUGAAGAAGUUGUUAGAAGGGCACGUUCUUUUGAGAUAUUAAAAUCAGAAGCUGAUAAAUGUUUAGAGCAAAGCGAACGUUUCAGUAAUGAGAAAUCUGAAUUUGAAUCUGCAGUCUACAACAAGGCUGCAACUACAAUUGAUUCAACCUGUCUUGCUAUAUCUAUGUAUAUUUUUUUUAUUUUACAGUUUAUGCUAUAUUAAUUGAUUUAUUUUGUCAACACCUGGAUAGUAAUAUUUUUUAUUUUAUCUUAACAAAUACAUAUGGAAAUAGUCUCUUGUAAAAAGCAGGGUAAGACUGCGUACAGUGGAACCUUCCCUGGGACCCCGCAUAGCGGGAGCUUUGUGCACCGGGCUGCCCUUUUUAUCUUAACAAAUAUAUCCAAUUUAGCCUUCAUCUUUGCUACACUGUUUCAUUUUGCAAAAGAGGUAAAGCAUAAGAGCAUCUACAUCAACUUCCAUAAAUACAAAAUUUAAUUUAAAUUUUAUAUUUUACGUAAAAAAAAGUUUUGCAUCAGCUACCCUAUUCAUUUCCUAAAUUUAAAUUUAACGAAUAGUAUUUUUUAAAUUUAGAGAAUGAAAUUCAUUUUUGAAACAUUAAAAUAUCAUUUAAUUUGAGAGAGAAAAAAUAAAUGAAAUGGAUUGGGUAGUGAAAAGUAGAUAUUAUAUAGGGAGAGAGAAAAAAUAAUAAAAAAAUGAAAGAGAAAGAGGAAAACAAUAAAAAAAUGAAGAUAAUGAAAAUUUUAGGAUAGCUGAUGUACUGUAUAGUGAAAAGUAAUUGUUUAAGUUUAAUAAAGUGGGUGGUUUAUUCUAUUUUUUUUUAUAUUAUAGAGAAAUUGGUGUGAAUGCUCUAAGGGAUAAAAACAUAUUUUCCUAUAAAAGAAAGAAGGUAUCAAUGAAUGUUAGAUUGCCUCUUCAAAGUUUUAUAUUUCUUUUCAUUGUUUCUCCUAGUGGCAGGAAAUAUAUAAUGGUUUCUCUAUUGGAAAAAAAACAAUUAUGAAACUGAGAGAAUUAGGAGGUUGUAACUACCAUGAUACUAGUAUGUAUCUUCUAUAUUGGAAAAACUGAUUAUGAAAGGAAGAAGAAAAUUAAGAGGUUCUAAUUGUCAUGAUACCAGUGUUAGUGUGAUCACGAGUGGGAGGAGAAAAUCGGGAGGUUAUAAUUGCUACAAUACCUGUAUUAGUGUUCAAAACUUGGGUACAACAACAUGCAUCAUUAGAAGGAUACUUCUGGUCUAAUUUCUUGUGAAUAGGUUUCAUCCUAUGUGAUCCUGUCCGAACCAGAAGUCAGCAGAUGCUGGGCACGUGACGCUCCAAGGCUCGCUGAUGUAGGUCUCCAACUAGUGUCGAGAUGCUCCGGCUAUCCUGCACAGAAGUCGA